AUGAGCGACGACUUCGUACGUCUCGUGUCUCAAGCGAACCCUGCGUCUCGCCAAUAUCAGCCUGCCAACAACGGCUAUCCUCCCUCUACCUCCGCAUCUCAUCACCCACACUCCGAACAGGCGUUGGACCCUUUCUUCGAUGACGAAGACGAGGAUGACUUCCUGGACUCCGCCUUUGGUCGACCUGCUGCCAUGCAAUCGAAAGAGAGCGGGUUUCCACUAACUCAAGCUGCUGCUCCUCCGGCUGGGUCUGGAAACUCUCAGCUGAGCCUCCCUGCUGCUAUACAAUCAGAUUGGUCCUUUGACGAUGAACCGACUCCCCUACCUAUAUCUUCGGUACCGUUUCAUGGCUCUGCUUCUACUACUUCACAGAAGCAUCGCAAACGACCGUCGCAAUCAUUUAGGAAGCGAUGGAAAUGGCCUUGGCAGAAGAAGGAGCAGGUUCUGACAGGAGAGAGAGUAGUUGUCCUGAAUAGCCACUUGGCAAAUGCCGAGUUCUGCUCGAAUUACGUCUCCACCACCAAAUACAACGCGUUGACCUUUGUCCCCAAGUUUUUAUACGAGCAGUUUUCGAAAUAUGCAAAUCUAUUCUUCUUGUUCACAGCGUUGAUUCAACAAAUACCUGGGGUAUCACCGACGGGCCGCUAUACCACUAUCGUGCCGUUGGCAGUUGUGCUCUUGGCAUCCGCUUUUAAGGAGACCCAGGAGGACCUGAAAAGACACCAGUCUGAUUCUGAGCUCAAUGCCCGUAAGUCGAAAGUUCUGACUCCGGAGGGUACAUUUGCGGAAAAGAAGUGGAAGGACAUAGAGGUUGGCGAUGUUUUAAGAUUGGAAAAUGACGAUUUCAUUCCCGCCGAUGUAAUCCUGCUCAGCUCAAGCGAACCCGAAGGAUUCUGUUACAUUGAAACGUCCAAUCUCGACGGCGAAACUAAUCUUAAGAUUAAACAAGCUUCACCGCAGACCUCCUACCUGAUUUCUCCACACUUGGUGACCGUCCUCCAUGGAAGCCUCCAUUCGGAACAUCCCAACAACCAUCUGUACACGUACGAAGGUACUAUCGAGCUCACAACCAAUGACGGUUUACCAAAACAGGUGCCUCUGGGACCGGAUCAACUGUUGCUCAGGGGUGCACAACUGAGGAAUACGACAUGGGCUUACGGUCUUGUUGUCUUCACCGGACAUGAGACCAAACUGAUGCGAAACGCCACCGCCGCACCAAUAAAGAGGACCGCUGUAGAACGGCAGGUCAAUGUCCACAUUGUCUUCCUGUUUGUGUUGUUGUUGGCGCUGUCAUUAGGGUCGACCAUUGGAAGCAGUAUAAGAACGUGGUUCUUCUCGAGCCAACAAUGGUAUCUAUAUGAGACGUCGUCAAUUGCUGGACGAGCCAAGAACUUUAUUGAAGAUAUUCUGACGUUCAUCAUUCUGUACAAUAACCUCAUCCCCAUUUCACUAAUCGUCACUAUGGAGGUCGUAAAGUUCUGGCAAGCACAGCUCAUCAACUCCGACCUUGACAUGUAUUACGCGCGGACAGACACACCGGCACUUUGUCGGACAUCCUCACUCGUGGAAGAACUCGGCCAAAUUGAGUAUAUUUUCAGCGACAAGACAGGCACAUUGACGUGCAACGAGAUGGAAUUCCGUUGCUGCAGCAUAGCCGGGAUCGCUUACGCAGAUGUGGUUGACGAGAGUAAACGCGGUGAUUCUGAAGACGGGAAGGAUGGUUGGCGAACAUUCGCUCAGAUGAAGACGUUGCUGAGUGCUAGCGAGAAUCCUUUUACGGAUGUUCCUUCGGAAGCAAACGCCGAACGCGAGACUGUCCAUGAAUUCCUCACCCUAUUGGCUGUCUGUCAUACCGUUAUUCCCGAGGUUCGCGAUGGCAAGAUGCACUACCAAGCUAGUAGUCCUGACGAGGCAGCGCUUGUGGCUGGUGCGGAGCUAUUGGGAUAUCAGUUCCAUACUCGAAAGCCAAAGUCUGUUUUCGUGAACAUUAGUGGCGCAGCUCAAGAAUACCAGAUCUUGAACAUCUGUGAAUUCAAUUCAACGCGGAAGCGGAUGUCCACGAUUGUCCGUUGUGCAGACGGGAAGAUCAAAUUAUUCUGCAAGGGUGCUGAUACGGUUAUCUUGGAACGCUUGGGCGAGAAGCAGCCCUAUACAGAGAAGACAUUACUCCAUCUUGAGGACUAUGCAACUGAAGGUCUUCGGACGCUCUGUAUAGCAUUUCGUGACGUCUCGGAGGCGGAAUACCAACAAUGGUCGACCAUCUAUGACCAAGCGGCAGCUACGAUCAAUGGCCGUGGCGAAGCGUUGGACGGAGCAGCAGAACUUAUUGAGAAGGACAUGUUCUUGUUAGGCGCGACCGCCAUUGAGGACAAGCUUCAGGAUGGUGUUCCUGAUACUAUCCACACGCUCCAGAUGGCAGGCAUUAAAGUCUGGGUCUUGACUGGUGAUCGACAGGAAACUGCGAUCAAUAUUGGCAUGUCGUGCAGGCUCAUUUCUGAGUCAAUGAACUUGGUCAUCGUGAACGAGGAGACAAUGCCUGACACACGGGAUUUUCUGACCAAGAGGUUAUCUGCUAUCAACAAUCAGCGCAACACUGGCGAACUUGAAGAUCUUGCACUUGUCAUCGACGGCAAGAGUCUUGGUUUUGCGUUGGAGAAGGAGAUUUCCUCGACAUUCCUCGAACUCGCCAUCAUGUGCAAGGCAGUUAUCUGCUGUCGUGUCUCCCCCCUUCAGAAGGCUCUUGUGGUCAAAUUGGUGAAAAAGAACCAGAAAGCUAUACUCUUGGCUAUAGGAGAUGGUGCUAACGAUGUCAGCAUGAUCCAAGCUGCGCAUGUUGGCGUAGGCAUUUCCGGCGUAGAGGGCUUACAAGCUGCUCGGUCUGCGGACGUAUCGAUAUCUCAGUUCCGAUUCCUGAAGAAAUUGCUCCUGGUGCACGGUUCUUGGAGCUACCAGCGGCUAUCCAAACUGCUUCUAUUCUCCUUCUACAAGAAUAUUGUGCUCUACAUGACGCAGUUCUGGUUCUCCUUCUUCAAUAACUUCUCUGGCCAAGUCGCAUACGAGUCAUGGACACUGUCGAUGUACAACGUUGUUUUUACUGUCCUCCCACCUCUUGUCAUUGGUGUUUUCGAUCAGUUUGUGUCUGCACGGAUACUGGACCGUUAUCCGCAGUUAUACAUGUUGGGUCAGAAGAACGCAUUCUUUACGAAGACUGCGUUCUGGCUGUGGGUUGCGAAUGCGUUAUAUCACAGUAUUAUCCUCUUCGGAUUUUCCAUUAUCCUGUUCUGGGGCGAUCUCAAGCAGGCUACUGGCUAUGACUCAGGUCUAUGGUUCUGGGGUACAAUGCUUUAUCUUUCCGUCCUACUCACAGUUCUCGGUAAAGCGGCGCUGGUAUCCGACUUGUGGACCAAGUAUACUGUGGCAGCCAUUCCCGGUUCGUUUGCGUUCACGAUGGUCUUCCUCCCCUUGUAUGCCGUUGUCGCUCCUGCUAUCGGCUUCUCGACAGAAUAUCGAGGGCUUGUACCCCGACUGUGGUCCGAUGCGGUGUUCUAUUUCAUGCUAAUCUUGGUGCCCAUAUUCUGCCUAACGAGAGAUUUCGCAUGGAAAUACUAUCGCCGAACAUAUCACCCUGAGACCUAUCACAUUGCACAGGAGAUCCAAAAGUACAAUAUCCCUGACUACCGUCCUCGUCAAGAACAGUUCCAGAAGGCGAUCAAGAAGGUUCGUGCCGUGCAACGCAUGCGGCGUAAUAGAGGGUUCGCGUUCAGUCAGACGGAGAACGCAGCGAGGCAAGACCAGGCACGGAUGAUUAGAGCUUAUGAUACGUCCAAGGCAGGCGCACGGCCUACAGGCUACUGA